CCUGCCUGGAGCCCUGCCUGCCCACAGCUGCCAACUCCAGUUCACCCAAGGGCUGUCCCCUUCUCUUCUCCUUCCACAGCCUCCUAGGGAAGGCCCAAGAUGCAGGCAGACUCCCUUCUUCACAGCGGCUACUUCCACCCGGUGUUACGCUCCUGGCAGUGUACAGCAACCACCCUCGAUGCUUCCAACCUCAUCUACCCCAUUUUUGUCACUGACAGCCCUGAUGUGGUGGAGCCGAUCCCCAGCCUCCCUGGACAAGGCAGGUAUGGAGUCAACAAGCUGGAGGGGAUGCUGCGUCCCCUCGUUGGGGAUGGUCUGAAGUGUGUGCUCAUCUUCGGGGUGCCCAGCAAGGGCCACAAGGAUGAGAGAGGCUCCGCGGCUGAUGCGGAGGACACGCCUGCCAUCCAGGCAAUCAAGAAGAUCCGCUCCACCUUCCCAGAGCUGCUGAUUGCCUGCGAUGUCUGCUUGUGCCCUUACACCUCCCACGGGCACUGCGGUAUCCUGCGUGAAGAUGGCACCAUCCAGAAUGAGAUCAGCUGCCAGCGGCUGGCCGAAGUGGCGCUGGCCUACGCCAAAGCAGGUUGCCACAUUAUUGCCCCCUCAGAUAUGAUGGAUGGGCGCAUCGCGGCCAUAAAGGCAGCACUGAUCUCCAAUGACUUGGGCAACAAGGUCUCGGUGAUGAGCUACAGUGCCAAGUUCGCUUCGUGCUUCUACGGUCCCUUCAGGGAUGCCGCGCUGUCCAAACCCGCCUUUGGAGACAGGCGAUGCUACCAGCUGCCCCCGGGUGCCAGGGGCCUGGCCAUGCGUGCAGUGGACCGGGACGUGCGUGAGGGAGCAGACAUGCUGAUGGUGAAGCCGGGGAUGCCCUACCUGGACCUUGUGAGGGAUGUCAAGGCUCGACACCCCACCCACCCGCUGGCCGUGUACCAC